AUGUGGAAGCUGCUUUCAGCCUGCUUCGUGGCCGCGCUUGCUGAGCCAGCCAAGCAUAACGCGACCUCCGAGCUUGCUGUUGAUGUUGAACGCUCGUCGUUCUUGCCGAGAUUCUGCAAGCAGGGGAUUGCGGAGCUGGAUUUUGAGGAUUUCAAGCAUGGCGACAAAUUCCCGCCCAACAAAAUCAACGGAGUCACCAUCGCCGCAAAGGGUCCGGCAGGAUGCACCGGCCCACUGCAGGUGAUUGACCCCAAGAAAUUCAACUUCAAUGCUCCGAAAAUGCUGAUCUGGUCCAGAGCUGGCAUUCCCCAGCAGUGUCAUAAGGGUCCCACGGUCGUCACCUUCACAUUCCAGAAGCUGCAAGAUGUGGAGCUCGUUGACCUGUGGGACUUGGUUCAGGGCGCCACCGGCGAGGCGUUCGACAAGAAGGGCAAAGCCAUUGUGCCUAAGAAGGUCUCGCCGACAGGAAUGCAAAUGAACAACAAGCGUUACACCAUGCGCUUCAACGCACGAAAGGUGAAAAAGCUGGUCAUCACGCUGAAUGGUGGCGUGGAUCCCAAGAGACCCAACGACAACCCA